AAUUUAAGACAGUUUAGUUCGGUUCAUCGUCUGCGAGGCACGUGUAAAACAAAUUUAUUUGCAAAAUAAUUGUACAGUUGUAUAUAAAAUAUCAACAGACGUAUAAAUAUUAAAUUAUCUUUAACACACGUUUUUUAGUUAAAAUUAAUAUACAUAAAAAAUGGAAACAGAGUCAUUCUACGGUGUUGAAUUAAGUGAAAAGGAUCCUUUGGCACAAUUCGAAGUUGCUGAAACUGAUAAAGAUGUUCAGGAUCAAAAAUUGAUUAUUAAACAAAUAAGCUUGGGUGCUGAUGCUAAAAGCGGCGAAUUCAAUGUUGUACAGGCUGAAGUUAAGGGAUACGAAAAGGAAACUAUUAAAAUUCCAAUUGCUGUCUUGAAGGCUGGUGAAACCCGUACAUUAUGCCCCAACUUAGAAUUCCCCAGCGAUUCGGUUACCUUCAAACUUAUACAAGGUACCGGUCCAGUGUACAUCUGUGGUCAACAUUUAGUCCACGAAAUGGUUGAAGAAGAAUGGCAUAAUGAGGACGAAGAUGAUGUAGAAGAGGACGAUGAAGAUGACGAACAACCACCACCACAACAAAAUGGUAAAAAUAGCAAAAAGAAGUAAUGCAAUUACAAAAAAACAUACCAUAACCGUAGUUUUGAAGAAGAAAUUUCUUAUUCCGCUUUAUUUUGAAUAUAAUUUCUUCUAAGUUUUUGUAUACAAUUUGUAAGUCCCCUCUUUAAACAAAAUUCCCACAAAGAAGAAUAAUCACAAAAAUCUAAAUGUACACCUUAAGUUUAUAAGUAUGUAAUUUAAAAAAAAAUUACUUAAAAUUCAGUAAAAAUAAAUGUAAUUACAAAAAAAUCGAA